AUGCAGUCAUGCGAGCAAAUCGCCUAUCUAGGCCCAAAAGCAUCGUAUACCCAUCAGGCAACCUUGAGUGCUUUUAAUUCGGACAACUAUACGUUCUCGCCACAAACCACAAUUGAGGAUGUCUUCAGCCAGGUACAAUCUGGAAAGGCCGAUUUUGGUGUUGUCCCGUUCGAAAACUCGACCAAUGGAUCUGUGGUCUUUACACUGGACCUUUUCGCCGAUCAAAAUGCAAAGCACCCGGAUAUCGUGGUUUGUGGUGAGCGGUAUGUUGAAGUACAUCACUGCUUACUUGGUCGUCCCGCAGCCGCUACUCAAGGACACGCAACAGGACAAACCAAGGCAGUCCCGGACGAAACAAAGAGUCCGAGCAGCUCUGGUCAUGCUACACCUAUACCCGGCAAUCCUACCCCUAGCAACUCACGUGCGGCUCCAUUGACUUCGCUCUCGCAUAUCAAGAAGCUGUACUCGCAUCCACAAGCAUGGGGUCAGUGCAAGACAUUCUUGUCAUGCUAUCUCAAAGGCGUCGAAAGACAGGAUGUCUCAUCUACAUCCCGAGCAGCAGAGCUCGUAGCAGCCGACGAAACCAACACGACAGCAGCCAUCAGCAGUGGUAUCGCUGCACAAAUGACUGGUUUGGAUUUCCUGGCUCGUGACAUAGAAGACGAAAAGGAUAACGCGACGCGCUUUUUGAUCCUGAGGAGAAGAAGCCUCGAGGACACGUCACCUUCUUUUGGCAAAGAAAACGGACAAGAGCAAGCUCAAGCGUACAAGUCGCUGCUCUCCUUUACUGUCUCUCAUACAAAUGCGGGCGCACUUGCUGAUGCAUUGGCCGUCUUCAAGACACACGGCAUCAACUUGACUAGCAUCAACCCUCGACCAAGCGGAGAGGCACCAUGGCAUUACAUGUUCUUUGUCGAGUUCUCGGGCAAACGAGGGCAGACUGCCGUCGACGAUACACUGACCGGUCUGGACAAGGUCGUCAGGUCGUGGAGGUGGUUGGGAAGUUGGGACAAUGCUCUACAACAGAAGCAAUGA